AUGACCUACGGGCUCCUUUGCAUUGACAUCGACAACUCCGCUAGUAACUCUGAGAACCUCUCAAUUCUCAAACUGACAAACUGUCAAACUGUCCAUGAUGAGCGCGGCUCUGCCUCUCAAAAACAGGCCCCCAUUAAUUGA